AUGCUUCUCAGUAUUGUCGUAUUCGCCCUUCUGAGACCAGUUCUUGGUGUAAAUCGAUAUGUGAUCGACGAGAAAAGCUGCGGCCCGCGAGACUCGGAAACGUACCGGAAUGUUGUUGAUUCCGUCGAGACCGCUCUUCGGUGGGCUGGAGACGCCGCUUUCGAGUUGGGAAAACCCGAAAAUGAACGGCACCCGGCCAUCACGGAGAAGGCAAAGUGGAUUCUCGGCAACGAUCCCGCCUCGAUCAAGAGGACACAAGAUAUCGAUGCCUUCGGACAAGAUUGGAAAGCUAUCAACGACUGGAGCGAUGUGGAUUCAAAGGGUAAAUCCCCUUACAUAUGCGAACUUACGACCUCUGGGAUCCCAGAAGGCAGUACCGCCUAUAAUUUGAUUAAGGGUGGAGAUGAGCCGCAAGCAGUUACGCUAAGCUGGAGGGACUCAAAUACUCGAGGGAACCCAAAUCUCGCUACCAAGCUAAGGGGACUCCCAUCUACGAUCACAAUCAACCCGAAGUACCUUAAAAAGAUCCGAGAGGCCGGCUGGAAAAGAUUCAACAAGGAACGUAUCCAAAAAGCGAUGAGCCCAGAUCUAGUUAAGAAGGUCGACCAGGGUAUAGAGAACUUCGCCAACAAAUUCCUCAAUGUUUUCGGGGCAAGUACCGAGUUCCAGUCAGACGUCGAUAUCCUCGCGACGCUCGAGGUUACUUUUCUACACGAGGUCUUGGAUAACUUGCUCCAUUGGUUCCCUGAGGCUGACGCGGAAUCUUACGUCUAG